AUGCAGUUCUCCAACCUCUCCAUCGCUGUCCUUUCAGCCCUCCUGAGCACCGCAGUCGCUCUCCCCGCCACCGAGACCUCAUCUGUCGGAGCCCCUUCGCCUACUCCCAAACUACCAGCUUCCGGGUUCGAGUUUAAAGAUGUCCAAGUCCACUGCCCCGACGCUGACCACCAGAAGUACUACAUGCAAUGCUAUAACGAUAACGCUCCUAAGCAGUGCGACCCCAUGAAGGACGAGCCUAGCAGACAUAUGUGCAGGCAGCUCUGGGAGAUCAUGUGUGCUCAACGUAACGAGUGCCCAGUCUCACAGAACUAA